AUGUUCCCCCGAAAAAUCACAAACAUAUUGCGAAGCAAAGAGCUGGAACAGAAGCUUUCCUCCAGGAAUGACAUUGCCACUCGAUCUGAAACUGAGAAACGGGACAAUCCCAAUACGAAGAUCAAAGACGUUUAUAAAGCUGGUCACUCGACAGGCUACACUGCUGGCGAAUACUCAGAUCUCAAAACCGCCUCUAUAGCCACUGUAACGACCCAAGGCUAUCCUGACCGCGACAACUUCCAUACCCUCAAGUUGAUGAAUGCUCUGGGAUCCCACCGACGAUUCUACCCGCCUCUCAAAGUCAAAGUCAAGUUAUCAGACGCGUGGGUAUAUGUGGUUACCCCCCCAUGGGCCCGUUCGCAGUUCUGGCCUGCAGACUUUAACAGUCAAGGAGAUAGCCGACAACACCGCGCACCAAGAUCUCCGACCAUCUGGCUAAUCAAAGCGGCAUUCCAUACUUCGCCGUAUACCGAUCAGCCAACACUCCCGCCCACCGGUUCGCUUAUGUGCUGUGCGGUAAUCGCUGCGCCAGCCUCUCGUUCGUCCCAAAUACUGAGGAAAGCCCUCCACAGGGCGAAACUGGGUUCACCUUCGGCACUCAUGCAGUGCCACCACACGCGUGACGGUGAACGAAAUUGCAUGGUUACGCGACCUCUCAUCCCCAGCAACGCACGAAAAUUGUACCGGCUCACAUUCGCGGCAAGCGCUGGCCAGCGGACUUCACCCAGCAGGGCUAUAUUCGCGGCACCCGUAUUCCACAGGGCCCAUGUUCCUCGAUACAUGUAUAGUACAUUCGUUGCUGGUCGCGUGUUUUCAUGUUCUGUCUAUCCUUAUCUGUUUUCUUUCUGCGUUGUUUAUGCUUCUAUUCUGUGCUGUGCUGCCCUGUCUGUUCUGUCCUGUCCGGUGAUCUGGAAUCGACGAUUGUGGUGA